AUGGCCAAGCUCACGCCGCCUGCAGACUUUGAUUUCUCCAUUCCAGUUUCCUGGCCGGCUUGGAAACGCUGGUUUGCGGGAUAUCGUCUCGCCUCAGAGCUCAACGCAAAAGACGAGAAAGUACAAAUCUCUACGUUGCUCUACUGGCUAGCCCCAGAGGCCGAAACUGACCUCGAUCAACUGGCAUUCGACGCCGUUGGAGACGAGGACAAGCAUGACAAGGUCCUGACGAAGCUGGACGCUUACUUUAAGCCAGCACUGAACAUGUUUCAUCAGAUGACCAUUUUCCAACAGUGCGACCAUCUUCCAGGAGAAUCCGUGGAAGAAUUUGUUCGGAAACUUCACGCCAUAGCUAAAUUCUGUGACUUUGGUGACCAGAAGGACAACAGAGUUCGAGAUCGCCUCGUGGCUCACAUUCUGGAUCGUCAAGUCGCCAAGGAGCUGCAGCAGAUUGAUCCCGCAAAACUCACACUCACGGGCGCAGUUCUCAGGGCCAGGCAGGCCGAGAAAAUCUCCGGAGACGUUGCAGCGCAAGCCGCCAGGCCGCAAGUCAAUGCUGCAUCCCGCUUUGGAGGAAAGCAGCAAGAUGCAAGGAGUCGUCUCCAGUGCAGCGGCAUUCCAUCGAACCCUGCACCAACGACGUCCAUGCAGAGGAAGAGCGGCACUGCAGCUUCAACAAGUCCGUGGUGUGGCCACGCUGGUUCGCACAAGAGCAACCGUUCUGCGUGUCCUGCGUUUGGUCGCAAGUGUAAUUCAUGCGGCAAGAAAGGCCACUUCGCCGCCGUCUGUCUUUCCACUCCAGCAACCACGCGUGGUGCCAGAGCUGUCGGAAAUGAAUCGCUCGCGUCCCCGUCGCCACUCAUGGGUGUUGUGGCAGAGCUGUAA